AACACUUCGAAUGACAAGCAAAACAGAAGUUGUUGAAUAAUUCGGUUAUUGCUGAUAAAUUUGUAAUAGCUAGUUAAACAUUCAACAAUGUUGAUAUAAAUUUGUACUUUUAUGAAUUUAUAUUUUGCUAAUUCAUAGUAGAAAUUAUUCGGAACUUUUUACUUAGGGAACAAUGGCUAUGGAUUUUUUGUUUGGACGUCGUAAGACGCCAGAGGAAAUGCUGAGACAGAAUCAGCGAGCUUUGAAUAAAGCUAUGCGUGAUCUUGACAGAGAACGAUCCAAAAUGGAACAACAAGAAAAGAAAAUAAUAAACGACAUUAAAAAAAUGGCUAAAGAAAAUCAAAUGGAUGCAGUCAAAAUCAUGGCAAAAGAUCUUGUGAGAACACGAAGAUAUGUAAAAAAAUUCAUACUUAUGCGGGCAAAUAUUCAAGCAGUAUCUUUAAAAAUACAAACACUUCGGUCUCAAAAUGCAAUGGCACAAGCUAUGAAAGGUGUUACCAGAGCCAUGCAAAAUAUGAAUAAACAACUAAACCUUCCACAAAUUCAGAAGAUAAUGCAAGAAUUUGAAAAGCAAAGUGAAAUAAUGGAUAUGAAAGAAGAAAUGAUCAAUGACACUAUUGAUGAUGCCAUGGGAGAUGAUGAAGAUGAAGAAGAAAGUGAUGCCAUCGUGGCCCAAGUACUUGAUGAAUUAGGCCUUGACGUUUCUGAUAAACUUAAGGAACUUCCCAGUACUGGUGGAACCCUAACUGCUGGAGUUUCAACUAAUAAAGAACCAGCCUUAGCGGAUGUAGAUGCAGAUUUGCAAGCUCGUUUAGAAAAUCUGCGAAGAGAAUAAAGCAUGCAAACUUUGUUUGAUGUACUAUAAAAUUUCAAAGUGCUUAUACAUUAUAUUUUUUGUUAUCUGAAACAACAACAGAAACAUGUAUUUGAAUGUAUAUAUAUUUUUAUUAAUAUCUUAAAAAAUGCCAGACACUUUAAAUAAAGAAUGCAGUUUAUUGAA